CACUGCUAUCGACUUACUCAUUAUUUAUUCUUCUUAUUCGCGUUUACCUACAGAGAAAUCCCGUCUGAAAUCAUAUGUUAUCGUUACUACCGACAAUACCGUUGUACUCACAGGGAUUAUAGUCCUCCGGAGUACUGUGAACAAGCCACAUUUAAUCGCCGCACUCAACGAUGGUCUAUGUGCGCAAAUGGAAGGUCUGUUACGGCUGUGGCCGAUCCGAACCUCUGCGGAAAGCGGGGAUGUUACCUAGCAGACUUAAAGGCAUAUGGCUGGACAUGCUGUCAUUGCGGCGAACCUGGGAACAGAAUGGAUGGGUGUCUAGGUCCCCCUGGAGGGCGAAUGGGAGAUUGUGGGCAUUGGGUCUGUGAGAGCUGCACCUAUAGUCAACAUUAGGCCUAUGUAAGAUAACAAUGUAUGGUGAUGGGAAAUGGGUAUUGCUAUUCGAGUGUGGAUUGAAGUUUUGUAGAUGGAUAGUUUAUAUGGCUAGUAAAGGACUGGAUUUCUUGAUUGUUUCUUAUUGUUAUGUAUUUAAAGGCAGUGAGGGAUGUACUAUUUAGUGGUUGGUUUGUGUCAGGGUUCUUGGGGUAACUGGCGGAAGUUAUUUAUUUGGAAGAUGCGGUAGUUGCGGGAGUAAUAUACUCUAACUGUAGUCGCAUUUUAUAUUUUAUGGGAUGUAUGAUGUAGAGAAGUGG